GUGAUAUCGUCGCGGGCGGCCGCUUCCUGGAGGCUCCUGUGGCUGGGAGCCAGCAGGUAUCUAACGAGGGCAUGCUGGUCAUCCUAGCGGCCGGAGACAGGACGGUCUAUGAAGACUGCAGCUCCUGUUUCCAGGCCAUGGGCAAGACCUCAUUCUUCCUAGGUGAGGUGGGUAACGCAGCGAGGAUGAUGCUGAUCCUCAACAUGGUACAGGGAAGCUUCAUGGCAACCAUCGCUGAGGGGCUGACCCUAGCCCAGGCCACAGGCCAAUCACAGCAUACCUUCCUGGACAUCCUGUCUCAGGGUCAGAUGGCCAGCACCUUCGUGGACCAAAAAUGCCAGAGUGAGUCAGAGACUAAAGGCACUGCUGAGUCAGAGACUAAAGGCACUGCUGAGUCAGAGACUAAAGGCACUGCUGAGUCAGAGACUAAAGGCACUGCUGAGUCAGAGACUAAAGGCACUGCUGAGUCAGAGACUAAAGGCACUGCUGAGUCAGAGACUAAAGGCACUGCUGAGUCAGAGACUAAAGGCACUGCUGAGUCAGAGACUAAAGGCACUGCUGAGUCAGAGACUAAAGGCACUGCUGAGUCAGAGACUAAAGGCACUGCUGAGUCAGAGACUAAAGGCACUGCUGAGUCAGAGACUAAAGGCACUGCUGAGUCAGUCAGCAGAAAAUACACUGUCUUCCAGAUGGUACCCUAUUCCCUAUAUAGUCCACUAUAUUAGACCAGAGCCCUAUUC